AUAAAAAAGCUUAUGUUCGUGACUCGAAAUUACUUGCGUUCUUACAUCUGUACGUACGUGUUUUCUCGUGCUUUGCGUGUUUUUAUUGUGAGUGUUUAGUUUUUGUGCAUAAAUUUCUGCAAUGGCCGCCCAUUUCAAGUUGUUGUGUCGUGUUUUUGAGAGUGGUCUUCUGUCGGAAGACGAUAUGGUGGAGGCAUAUUAUUAUAUGCUCCGAAUGGUAACUUCCGGGGAGGUAACUCCCGACGCCGCAGACAUUGAACGCUUCAGGCGUCUUCGCGAAGCAGUUGGGGCAAUACAAACGCGCCUGCUUCAACAAAAUGUGAAUUCCCAUCACGUUGCUGCUAUAGCAAACAAUCCGCAGUCGCAGCCCCUCGACCUCUGUGUGAAAAAUGAAGUUCCGUCACCCACUAUCCAUCAUCUUCAACGAGAGCAAUCUCAGCCCCUUGAUCUCACUGUAAAACAUCCACCCCGACCUUCCGUUUCGUCUUCCCAUGCAAAGCCUAAGCGAAAGCGUGCUGCUCCGUGUGUAAAUAAUAUUCUUAACCCUCAACCAUCAACAUCGGGACUACAACCAGCCACAUCUGUAGCGCCCUGUGUAAAUAAUCUUAACUCUGUUACAUUGACCUCUGGUCUGCAACCAUCACCACCGCAAGUUGGUCGUGGAGUUCCUCAUCGCUUCUCUGUGUUGUCAGAGGGUGAGCGGUACAUAAAAAAAUUCAACUUGACAGCCCAGCAACUGAUGAUCAAGUUUAAUAAUGCGGAAGCCAAUGAAGCACCUCUAGAAUGGCUUAAGAAAUCACUGACAGCUCUUAUCAAUUACGUAACUAAGAGGCAUAGUGGGAGUGACCGUAUUGGUAUGAUGCUGACAAAUAGCGAGUUCCCCGACAAUCCUCUUGGUUUCUCGUUCCGUCGUGUAGAUCAGCUGAAUGCUGACGUUAUGCUGAAGACUCUGGAUAAAGUUAUGCAGAGUAACAAGGCGUUCUUCUCCAGCGAUGCACUACGAGUUGAUGUAAGUCUGAUUACCCCACCCAGUGGUAAAGGACGUCAAAGAAUGACCGGGGUCAGCUUCGCGGAGUUCUCACGGCAAAAACGUGGAAUCAUCAUCAUCAACAACGAUGACACUUUGUGCCUCGCUCGAGCCCUCGUAACCGCCAUAGCUUUCCGGACCAACUCCAUAGAGCUACCCUACCUGAAAGUCGGGCAUAGUCUUCAGAAGACUAAGGCUCUUCAACUAUGUGCAGCUGCUGGCGUGGAUUUAUCGGCUGGCGGUACCAUUGAUCACAUACGUCAGUUCCAGGAUCAUCUCACCGACUUCACCAUCGUAGUAUACAAUCACCGUAUGGGAAAAACAGUGUACUUUGAGGGUCCACGAUCUCCACAACGUCAAGUACUGAAUCUGAUAAUGGAAAACGAGCACUACAACGUAAUCACCAGUUUAACGUCAGCGUUCACGUGCGAGUACUUUUGUGAGCUGUGUCGGGUUCGCAUGAGUAAACGACAACAUCAUAAAGACUGUAAGUACAUUUGCCCCUGUUGUCACACUAGUCCUCCGUGCAACAAGGAUGCUCCGAACAUUAAGUGCGAGGUGUGUAACCGUGAUUUCCGCGGCCUUGAGUGCUUUCGUCAUCAUAAAGACCAGGAAUUGUGCGCGAAAGUGCGUCGAUGUCGUACGUGUUUGGUUACGGUGUGGAAGGAGAAAAAGCCACACAAGUGCGGUAUCAAGAAAUGUGUUACAUGUCAAGCUGACCGACCAAUACGCCAUUUGUGCUACAUGGCGAAGAAUACCCCCGAUAAAAAGAAGAUGAACAAAGACUUUGUGUUUGUUUUCUAUGACUUUGAGUGUCGACAAGACGACCAAUUCGAAAAUCGCGCCAACACGUACGUCCACGUUCCCAACUUGUGCGUCGCUCAACAGCUCUGCAAAUCGUGCAUCACAAAUAAUACAGACAUCAACGUCCCUUGUGAUAACUGUGGUCCCCGCGAACAUAUAUUCAAAGAAGACCCCGUGAAUGAACUUUUAAAACUCGUGUCCUCCCUGGCUCGUAAGAAUCGUGACGUCGUGGCUAUCGCUCACAACAGCAAAGGGUACGAUAGUAUCUUCAUCUUGAAGGAAAUGAUGAAAACUCCUUCGGCAUGGAAUCCUGACAUUAUCGCUACGGGUACAAAGAUUACGUCGCUGGCAUGUAACAACAACAUUAGGUUCAUUGACAGUUUGAACUUUAUGCCUGUCCCAUUAAGUGCUCUACCGAAAACGUUCAGUUUCCCUGGGUGUAAAGGACACUUCCCACACUUCUUCAAUACUCUGGAAAAUGCUAAUUACAUUGGCCCACUACCCUCCCCACAUUUUUAUGGAGUCGACGAAAUGUCUGAAAGAAAUCGCGACGAUUUCUUCAAAUGGUACAAUGCAGAAGUGAACCGCAACGCUAUAUUCAAUUUUAAGGAGGAGAUUGUAAAAUAUUGUGUCCAAGACGUCAAUAUCUUACGGCAGGCGUGCGUGGAGUUCUGGCAGAAAUUUUCCGAGGAGAACAAGGUGGACCCCUUCCGCGAGUGUUGCACUAUUGCCUCUGCAUGCAGUCUGGUCUUCCGGAGAAACUUCCUUCAAGAGGAGACGAUCGGCCUCAUUCCACAUGGAGGGAACAGGAUGGCCGAUAAUCAAAGUCGGACAGCCAUCAAAUGGCUGAUUCAUCUACAAACCACUGAUGUUCCCGAUCUUCAACACGCUGGCAACUCUCGAGAAGUUCGCCUAAAGGAGGGAAUCCUUGUCGACGGAUACUCCGCAGCUACGAACACCGUGUACCAGUUUCAUGGUUGCUACUUUCACGGUUGUGAGUCAUGUUACUCCGACCAGACGACACCACUGAAAGGGAACAAGUCUGACACAAUGGCAAUGCGGCGUGAAAAAACCGAAGCCACUUCAUCACGCAUUCGUACUGCAGGCUACAAUUUAAUUGAAAUGUGGGAGUGUGAAUUCCGCACAUAUUUAACAAACAACCCAGAGACCGACGCUUUACUGAAUGGCCAUAAUGUAUUAAGACACGAGCCUCUGAAUCCUCGCGAUGGCUUCUUUGGAGGGGAAGAAAUCAGGAAUUUGGACGUGUGUUCCCUCUACCCCUACGUAAACAAGUAUGGGAAGUAUCCUUUGGGCCAUCCUCGAGUACUUGUUACGCCCGAAGAACUUCACUCCUGCAACUUGAACACCAUAGAGGGCAUGGUUAAGUGCACUGUCCUUCCUCCGCAAAACUUGUAUCAUCCCGUACUACCAUACAGAUGCCAUGGUAAACUUAUGUUCCCGCUAUGCCGUACAUGCUGCGAAACAAUGAAUCAAGGAGAGUGUGAGCACAAUGAUGAUGAGGACCGACGUUUCACUGGCACUUACGUAGCCGACGAACUACGGAAAGCCAUCUCCUUGGGUUAUGUCGUUCAGGAAUUGCACGAAGUAUGGGAGUAUGAGACAACCCAAUACAACCGUGAGUCGAAAACCGGCGGUUUAUUCUCCGGUUAUGUGGACAAUUUCCUGAAAACAAAACAGGAAUGCAGUGGAUGGCCAUCCUGGUGUCUUUCCGAAGAGGCAUGUAUGAAGUAUCUAGCCGACUACAUGGAGCAUGAGGGGAUUCAACUUGAUCGGAGCAAGAUUGAAGUGAACGCUGGUCUCCGCUAUAUCGCCAAACUAUUCCUCAAUUCCUUUUGGGGAAAGUUUGGCCAGCGCGACAAUCUGUCGAAGACGAGCAUCAUCUCGGAGGCUGAAGAAUUCUUCAAGAUGCUCACGGAUCCGUCCAUGGAAGUCAACUCCAUCAUUCCCGUAAACGACGAGACCCUCAUCGUCAACUGGACCCUCCCCGAAGAAGCAGUCGAGCCAUUGAAAACCACAAACGUUGUACUGGCAGCCUACACCACAGCCAAUGCCCGUCUGGUACUAUACGAGUACCUGGAGAAGCUUGGCGAAAGGGUCCUGUAUUUUGACACCGACUCUGUAAUCUUCACGCAGAAAUCCGAAGAAUGGUCACCACCUUGCGGGAGCUUCUUGGGAGAUAUGACCGAUGAAAUCGAGUGUUAUGGACCCGGGAGCCAAAUUGUGGAAUUCGUUAGUGGCGGCCCUAAAAACUAUGCAUACAAGGUGUUUUCGUCCAGUGCGAACACGUAUAGUGUUGUGUGCAAAGUUAAGGGCAUAUCCCUAAACUAUAAGAACAGCCGCGUAGUGAACUUUGAAACAAUCAAAGACGCUGUGUUGAACAAUGCCCCGGAGACUUACGUAGAGACAGAUCGACGUAUAGCUCGCACGUGUACGUACGACGUCAUCUCCAAGCCGGAGAGGAAAAGGUACCGUGUCGAGUACACGAAGCGUCGCCGUUUAGACGUAGGAUACGACACUCUACCAUACGGCUAUAGAACAAAUUAG